AUGAUAAGCAUCCGAGUGAUUUGUCUUGCUGUUCUCGCUGGUAUUCUUCGAUUUGUAGCAUGUCAACAGACGAACUAUAGUUGUGUUGUAAAACAAUCACAAGCCAAUACAACAGAAAAGUUAUCGAAACUACGAGCUCGAAUGAGAAGUCUGAGUUUGUAUGCAUAUGUUAUCUUUUCCGAAGAUGAAUACCAAAGUGAAUAUGCGCAACAGUAUGAUACACGGCGAGCAUGGAUAACAGGAUUCUUGGGCUCGGCUGGCUCUGCUGUUGUUACACUUGAUCAGGCUGCACUGUGGAUCGAUAGUCGAUAUUGGACACAAGCUGAAAAUGAACUCGAUUGUACCAACUGGCUUCUCAUGCGACAAGGUGAACCGAACGUACUGACACUUGAUGACUGGAUUGCCAGUAAGUUGAAAGCUACAUCAUCAUACAAUAAGGUAGGUGUUGCUAUUCAAUUGACUUCGUCUGACUAUUGGUCGUCGACAAAAAGUGCCGUAACUCUACGAGAUGUACCCUUAGUCGAAGUGGCUGAAUUAAUCGAUGAAAUCCGAAUAACCGAUCGAUCGAUGGCUUCGAGCAAUCCAGUUUUUGUUCAUGAUAUAAUGUUCGCUGGCAUAAGCUGGGAGAAGAAAGUGGAAAUCAUCGCUGGAUUAAUCAAUGUCGAAUCAACGGAUGGGUUUUUGGUAACAGCACUCGAUGAAGUUGCUUGGCUAUUCAACGCACGCGGCUCCGAUAUUCCAUACAAUCCAUUCUUCAAAGCUUACGCAUUCGUACAUGCCAAUCAAACGACUCGUCUCUGGAUGAAUGAAUCUCAAUUGACGUCUGAUGCGAGAACACAGUUGAGGAACGUCAUCAUUCAGCCUUAUGAGGAAUUUUUACUCGAUCUGUAUAAACUAGCCAGCAAUACGGAUGUGAAUAGGAUAUGGAUGACUCGAUCUGUAUCACAAGAAAUUUUGGAUAGAAUUCCUGCUAAUAAGCGUUUCAUUGCAGGCUCACCGAUAGAACGUACAAAAGCCAUCAAAAAUCCGACUGAACAAAAAGGCAUGCGUGACUGUGGUGUUCGCGAUAGUAUAGCACGUGUACGUCAUUUGAUAUGGCUAGAAAAUGAGAUAAAUAACAAUCGCCAAGUCAACGAAACACAAGCAGCAGAACGAUUGGAAUAUUAUCAAUCACUAGAAGCUUACUUCAAAGGUAUCAGUUUUCCCACUAUUUCGGCAGUGGGUGCCCAUGCUGCAACAAUUCAUUUUGAGCCCAAUGCUGAAACAGCAGCUCAGAUUACCAGAGAUGAAGUGUAUCUACUAGAUGCUGGUGCACAAUAUCUGGAUGGUACGACGGAUGUCACUCGAACGCAUACAUUUGGAACACCGACUACGGAAGAGAAGAAAGCAUACACGCUAGUUCUACAAGGAUCUAUUGAUCUGGCCGAUGCCGUUUUUCCCGUUGGAACCUAUGGCCGACAGCUUGAUAUUCUAGCUCGACAAUCUCUAUAUAAGAACUUUAUGGAUUAUGCUCAUAGUACUGGACAUGGUAUUGGUCAUUUUCUUUCAAUUCACGAAGGUCCCUCAGAACGAAGAAAAUUGGAAGAAAUAAUUGAUCAGCGUUUUCCUGAUGCAUCUGAUAUUUACAAUAGCAAAACAAAUAGUGCAUCUAACAAUAUAGAACAACCUAUUGAAAGACCUGUUGAUCCUUCAGGUGAUCCAUCAGUUAGCAACGAAUAA